AUGCGCAUGCUAGAGGAUGACGUCCAGUCAGUCGCGACGCCGCAGUACCAUUACGGACUUCUGCUUAACAUAAGUCGACUUCGUCUUGUCAAGGGGAAUGACAAACGAAUUCUGCUUCAUGUGGCAUUGUUCAUUUUCUCCAGAACUUACGCAAAUGCAGGAAAAGUUGAAAAAGUGGAAACGUCAACUAUCCAUUCCGACUUGACAGUUCAACUUGAGACGUUUGACGAGUCGUAUUCGAUGCCCAUUGCGGUCUCGCCAUCCAAUAACUUAGUGCACUCUGUAGAGAAAUCAGCCGCGGUCGAUUUUGAGGUACGCCGACUCAACAGCAAGCCUUUUGAGCCCAAACUCUUACCCAAUCUACCAUCAACCAAGAAAACCAAAGCAGGUGAUUAAUCCAAAGACAGGCCCAAGUUCAAUUUCUGUUACUCUGUAGAAGUUCAGGUUCACUUGGACAACUUUCCCGCGAACAUUCUGACCGUCAGCCGUCAUUAUUUUUUCCCUUUUGUCGAGGGUAAACUACAUGUAUUUCCGAAUGGCAGACCAUUUAUGUAUGCUAAUCGUACGUUCCCACAUAUGCCUUCCUCUUAUCACACUACUACUUACUUUUCUGUCGUGGCUUUUUUGUAACUCACCAGACAUUAAUUUAUUGUCGUCCUCCAGUUGCCACGUCAGCAAAGCUAACAGUGGAACGUACCAUAUUUGACUAUCCUUUGUCAUAGGUAUUUUGGCAGAUUUUGAAUAAUUCGUAUUGACCCAACUGUGAAAAACUCGGCGCCUCGGUGGGAUUCGAACCCACGCAGAAUGGAGAAGGCUUUAGUACAGCCAACGCUCUAACCACUUGAGCUAUGAGGCUCCGCCGGACGAUUCGAGUUUAAUCACAUUUGGGUCAAGUUUACGCGCCCAACCAACUGCAAUGUCUGGAAUUCACCACAGCUGGACCAUAAUGAAUCAUUCAAAAUCUGCCAAAAUACCUAUGAAUUACCUCAGCCUGGUAGUCAUCUGGUGGAUUCUAGGUGAAUUACUUAGAAAAUCCUGCUUGGGCAGUCAACUUACUGUAUCAGAUUUGGUGAAUUCCAGACGUUGCAGUAGGUUGGGCGGGUAAAAUUGACUCAAAUGUGAUUAAACUCGAUUCGUCCGGCGGGGCCUCGUACGUCAAGUGGUUAGAGCGUUGUCUGUACUUAAGCCUUCUCCUUACUGCGUAGGUUCGAAUCCCACCGAGAAGUCGAGUUUUUCACAGUUGAGUCAAUAUGAAUUAUGCUAAUGACAACAAGGAAUUAGUUAAUAACUUUUCAAGCACCCUUGAUCGGCACAAAAUUUUUCUAAAUAACGAUCUGAAUUUUUUCUACGGUUUAUUACAGUGCGUAUCAGAAGGUCUUCUCGACUUAAUUCAACAGAAGACGUUUAACGCGAGUGCCACUUCCCCCUUUGUCCCACAUUUUCUUGAAAACAGACUUAAAAAGCUACGGAAGCAGCUUCAAAAUCCUUCCAUGUGCUGAUUAUUAGUUCACCUCAGAAUCCUUGAAAUAUUUUAAUUAGCUUCCAAAAUGAGGCUCGCGCGAGAUAGGCACAGGGAAUCUUUUGCUACUAAUAACGUGAAUGCUUCUAAAUCACUUGCUCAGAUCUUUCGUCAAAGAUCAUCUGUUAAAUUCCACCACGUCAGUUCGCCUUUGCUUAGUACCAACGAUGCCUUCAUUAUGGAGGAGUCAGGCAAAUCAGAAAUGUUAAAUUCAUUCUUUGCCAAACAUUUCACCAUUGAAACUGACACAAUCCCUUUAAUUCCUCCGUUGUCUAAUAAUAAUAAUAAUAAUAAUAAUUGUUCAUUAAAGACCCGUCGGGGUCCCAUCAAAGCAAGAAAAAAUAAAUUUACAUGCGAAGUUUAGACGACAUAGGCAAAAUCUGUACAAAGUUCAAUUCAUAGUUUCUGAAUUAUUAGUCCGUUAAGAAAAAUGAUUAGCGAGGGGGGAAAAAACUCCACACGAAAAUUUAAAAAUGACUGGAUUAAUUUUACAGGAGAAAAAACCCCUCGAUGAAAAAGCAAUAACAGAAAAAUUCGGACAGGACUGGCCCGCAUGUUGCGGUAUAAAAUGGAUUAUAAUCGGACAUCGACAGGGCAGAAAUAUAUGGCAUUGUAUAAUGGAUUUCAUGAAGGGUUAAGUAGGCGGGUCAGUCAGGACUGGCCUGUAUGUGGCCUUGAAUAAGGCAAAUAGGUGGCAAAAUUGAAAACCAGUCUCGAGGCGAUAGGAACCCAGACGCGGUCGGUUACAUUACUCCGAGUCUAUCCGAGGAUUGGGAAGGGAGAUGCGACCAGGCUACUAGCAUCAUCAGUUUUGCUCCUGAAACUAUUUAAGGACUGAUAAACUAGCUUACUAACUCGCGCUCAGUAGGUGCGGACAAUGUCCCAAACUCUAUUAUAAAACAGCUAAGAGAUUUUCCUCCUCUGCUAAGCAAACUCUUUUCAGUAUUUCUUGUAAACGGCUUCUUUCCUGACUAUUGUAAAACUUAUAUUAUUAUUGCAGUAUUUAAAUCUGGCUGUCGUUCUGAUACUCAGAACUAUCCAGGUGUCCAUAAAACACCCUCUCUCGCCAAAAUUAUUAAAAAAAAUCAUCGCCAUGAAAAUUACGGACUUUUGUAUAGCCAUUCAAGUUAUUAGCCCUUCCUAACAUUGUUUUCUACCAGACCGCUCUUGUGAAACAUGUCAUCUGUCGUUUCUCAAUCUACUUACCUCUCCUCGUAAUGACCAGCUAUCUGUUGUCGUUAUUUAUUUUGACCAUAGUAAAGACUUUGAUAAAAUGCCUCAUAGAAGACUCUUGGUUAAAUUAGAAGCUCUGGGAAUUCGCAGUCCCCUAAUAGACUUUAUCAAGUCAUACCUGUCUAAUCGUAAACAAAAGGUCUUAGUGGAAUCUUCAUUUUCCAAUGAGAGCCCUAUUGUAAGUGGUGUCCUACAAGAUGUCGUCUUAGGUCCUCUUUUGUUCCUGUUUUUCAUACAUGAUAUCUCGUCGGCAGUUAAACAUUCUCAACAACAUUAAACAACUGUGUACUAGGCAUGAUACAGAUGCUCUCUUCCAGUUCCAAAAUUCGUCUAAAAAUUUAUUCUUACUCGCCAUGAUCUGAUCACCACGGGUCUUAAAUAAAAACUAUUUAUUUAUUUCAUUUAUAACCAUUCGUCUGGUAUUUUUCAUGCCCUUAGAUUAAUACGCCCUGAAAUCAGUACCUUGACUAUUUGCUGUAGUUCACAUGUCUAAAACAGUACAAUGGACGUGGUUUGACCCACUGAAGAGCUCGAAUGAAAUCGCCGAUAUGGAAUUAUUUAGUGCACUGGAGUUGUUAUGUCAGUAGGACAACUUGCUUCUCCUGGGUGACUUUAACCUUUCAGGAAUGGACCGGAAAAUUCCCUCAGCAAACGCCCCGCCCAAGUCAUUUGACCACUAGCUACUGUAACUCUCCCUUAACGAUAAUAAUAAUAAUUUAUUAAAGACCCGUCGGGGUCCCAUCAAAGCAAAUGAAUGCCUCACUCAAGACAUAAAAUUCGGAACAAGACUGAGAGAAGGACAACGAUCUAACUGUUUAUAUUUCGUUCUCAGUAAAGAAGGGGGCUCACAAGUGAAGUGAAUCCACAACCACCGCUCGGUUUAGGUGACAAUGUUGCUUUUACCUGCGUGUGCUCUCUCCUACCGAACCAAAAACUAGAAAGCAAGAGGCGCAGGAAUAUUUGGAAGGGUGAUUUUAAUGCAACGAAACGUGCUCUUUUGAAGCAAACCUGGUUAGUCAGCAUGGAAGAUUCGGGAGAAUUCUGGCAAUGCUUUCGCUGGAUUAAACAGCAUCUAGUUGACUCCGAUUGUCCAAUAAAAAUACCAAGACCAAGUGCGCGACCGCCGUUGGUCACACCGAUGACAAGGAAGACCGUGGAGAAGAAACAGAAUUUGCCGAAAAAGUAUUUGCAUCUUCAAGAUCCAGUAACAUUCACCGAAUAUAAGGAGCAGUGCUAGGAAUGAUACAAACAAACACGAGUUGCUAUAACUUCUUUCGAGCGUCGACUGAUAGCAGAAUCCAUUACAUGCCCCAAGAAGUUUUAUGAAUACGUCGGCAGUAGGAGGAAACAUAGGGACGAAAGUGCGUGUUUGAACGAUAGACUUGGGAACUUAUAAGUUGAAGAGAAGGUGCAAUUAAUACCUCCGUUUUUUCAGUCAUUCUUUAAGAUGAAAUCCUCUGAAGACAAUCAGGAUUUCGAAAUGGACCAAGACGGCCGGGAGCUUCAAAUGCGCCAAGAUACUGCCAUCAUUGAAACUGCUGCCUUUUCCGCCGAAGACGUAGGACGUGUCGUCAGACAAAUAAAACCAGAUAAGUUAACUGGACCCGACGGGAUUUCUGGGCUGAUACUUAAGGAGCUAUCAGCGGAGGUGUCAAAGCCUAUUUUGACUCACUUUAAGCUGUCAAUGAGAACAGUGAGGCUGCCCUCACAGUGGAAGACAGCUAACCUCGUCGCCUUACAUAAGGGAGGUAGCAGGAUGGCAGUAAGCAGCUUCGCAUCUAUUAGUUUAACUUGCCUCUCAUGCAGAACGAUGGAAGCCCUAGUAAAGAGUGCUAUACAGAAAUUUUGGGAAGAAAAUAACGUGUUGUAUGAUUUUAAACAUGGCUUCCGGAGAGGACGUUCCUACCUCUCAAAUUUGCUAGCUUUUCUGGAUAUCUGGACCAGGGCUUUAGAAGAGGGUUUUGAGGUCGAUGUCGUGUACAUCGAUUUCCGCAAAGCUUUUGACACUGUCCCACACCAACGUCUUCUUCACAAAUUGAGCGACAUCGGCAUCCGGGGAGAUCUUCUGAACUGGAUAAGGGCGUCUCUGGUCGGCCGCAAACAACGUGUCUGUAUCGGAGAUGAUAUGUCAGAAUGGGUGAACGUAACUAUUGGUGUGGCUCAAGACUCAGUUCUGGGACCCUUGCUUCCCAUCCUUUAUGUUAAUGACAGCCUUCAGGAACUCGAAUGUGACAAAAUAAUGUUUGCCGAUGACGUUAGGCCCUGGCAAGUCAUUAAGAGUCCGAAUGAUAAUCUGCGCCGACUGCAAACGUGGUCGGAGAAAUGA